CUGAGUAACUUCUCUGACUUCCAGCUCCGAGCCAGAGCCAAAUUUACUGCGAGCAACUGCUAGGAGUAAAAAUAUAUCUGGGCUUCCCGGGAGGAAGACGGCUCACACGGGAUGGAAGAAAGACGUUAAGAGCGGAAUAUUUUUUUGGGGGAAAAAAGGGAACUUUUAAGACUCCUCUGCUAUCCCAAAACCCCAAUAAUUUUCUCCUUGAGAUGCGCAUAUAUUGCUCCAAACUAUAAAAACCGUAACCUGUGAACACAAAGGUUGGUGCAAUUUCUAAAAAACUGGGCCAACGAUGUGGCGGCAGAUAGCCUUGGGCACGGUGCUGAGACUAUGGCUCGCUGUAUCUUUGGGUUCCUGCCAAAGCGGGGACGAGCCCCCGGCAGAUUUAGGAUCGGGGUAUGUAAUGGACGUGCUUCGAGACCAACCGAAAGAAGCGCAGAGUGAUCCCCAUCCACAACCCACGAACCAAUGCCAAGUGACCUUCGUGACUCCCCGGCGCGACGCCUGUGUUGGGAAAGACGCGUCUCCGGAACUGAAGGAGGAGGUGGCGUAUCUUCAGACCCUUCUUCAGGACAGCAACAGGGUCCUACAGAGCCUUCAGUAUACGGUCAAAGCCGACACGCAAGACGCUGGCUACCAGGAGGUCAUUUCAGAAAACAACAAAGGAACCAACGAGGACAACAAGGAAUUCUACGUUGUCCUAAAUAAAGUCAUGGCGGAGCUUCAGACGCACAUGGGCGAUGAUCCUUCGGACAUUCCCGACGAGAGAAAAAAGCUCCAGAAAAGCGUCCUUGCGAUGGAUCACUUGAUACAAUCAGCCUCGCGUCUUGCAGACAAACUUGACGAAGCCUCUCAAGACCUCGAAGUCUUACUGGAGAAACAGCUGGAGAGAUCUACAAACUUGGCUUAUCAGAACACCAUCAAAUCCUGACCUGGAAUGAAAAAUAUGACGUGGUGAUAGCCCCACACGGACACGACAGAAGAAAAAAAAAUUCAUCGAAUAAACGUGUUUUCACGGCAACGGUCCUGAUACGGUCCUCGGAGGCCACCGCCGAGAAGACAACCAUCUGUUCCGCAUAAAUUUAGCGGCUAAAUGGUGACCUUCAACCUGGAAUGUUAAUAACGUCUACAUUCCACCAAUGUAUUUCUCAGGAAGUCGUGAAUAAGAUUUUAUUAUGCAAAUAUUAUGAGGAACCGAGGGUUAAUCCAUGUUUUUAUUCAUAUCAGGAUGGCCAUUUUCUAAUAAUAUGAUAAUGUGUGUUAAUAUGUAUAGAUGACGGCGACACUCUCGGGACUAUGCCUGAAACCCUUGCCUUCUCAUAGAGAGUUCAAGAGUAUCUUCGGCCUCGAGUCAUCUUAGGGAUGAACCGUUCUUCUCGACAGCGGCUCUCG